AUGAUAAUGAACUACGUCCACAGUUAUACGGCUUGUGACCUCGCGUACCAGGCUAGUUACCAUGUGUACCAGACUAGUGACCUCGCGUACCAGGCUAGUUACCUCGCGUACCAGGCUAGUGACCUCGCGUACCAGGCUAGUUACCAUGUGUACCAGACUAGUGACCUCGCGUACCAGGUUAGUUACCUCGCGUACCAGGCUAGUGACCUCGCGUACCAGGCUAGUUACCAUGUGUACCAGACUAGUGACCUCGCGUACCAGGCUAGUGACCUCGCGUACCAGGCUAGUGACCUCGCGCACCAGGCUAGUGACCUCGCGUACCAGGCUAGUGACCUCGCGUACCAGGCUAGUGACCGGUUUCUGGGGUUAAUAGCGAGUAUCGGCCAGUAG